AUGCCAGCUGAAGGCGGUGAAGCGCUCGCCCUUCUCCAGACCAAGGAUCGCUUCGUUGCUAUGCUUGUGGACACUGCGGAGAGGACGCCAGAAUCGCCUAGGCGAAGCCUUAUACAAGGUCGUGAAAUUUGUGUGCUCUACCUCCUUACAGAAACUUGUGAACUGAUAGUGCUUCUGGUAACAAAACGUGACCUCUUCUACGGGCACAAAUUGGAAGACAAUGUUGAACCUAUGGCAUCAAAUCUGAAAAAUCUCCUCAUUUCCGGUGGUGUUGAAGUUCUCUUUUUCAUUCACCUCUCGCCCCCUUUCACCUCUUCUCUCGUGCAAAUGGAAUUUGCGUCUUCCGGUGAAGUGGUUGUUUCUGAUCGUCAGCGUUUGGCAAUCGUUGACAUGAAGGCGUGCUUCACUGUCAGCUUAUCAGUUGCUUGUCUGGUUAUGCUGGUGGCACUCCUUCGGCUGAAGAACACCUACGUAAAGCGCCGCCACCCUCUUCAGCAUUUAGACAGCAAAGCUGAGGCUAUUUGCCAUCCGAAUGCUUAUCAAAGCCACGAGAAGUUUAGUGAUGUUAUCAAUCUGUCUCAGGCCAGUGUUGCUAUGGAGCCCGAAUACCACUUCUCUUCACUCCUGCCUCCUGAGUCAAGGGAUAAGUUGGUGGGAUCUCUGGACUUAUUGACAACAUCAGAGGCUCUCCCAAAGAUUCGCACCUUCUCAGCGGUUACAUGUGUUCCUCUAACCACAUCGUCUGUGUCACGACAACACCAACAACUAAAUAAUGACCUUGAGUUGAGAACUUUUACAAUUCCACCUAUUCGGCCGAGAUUGGGCUUUGAGGGGAUUUGA